UUUCUGCCUGGGCCGCCGGUGUCUGGGGCUACGCCGGGGUACCGCGGUGGGUAAUCGGGGCGCGGGGCCGCGAGGCUGCCAGGGAUGGAAGAGGGCCGUGCAGAGAGGCGACGGAGGACGGAAGCGCCUUCGUGCACGCAGGGCGGCGCGCGGAGAGCGGGCAUCAUGACCGACGUCCACCGGCGGUUCCUCCAGUUGCUGAUGACUCAUGGGGUGCUGGAGGAGCGGGGCGUGAGACGCCUGCAGAAGCACUGCUAUCGGGUCCAUGGCCGCACUGCCGCCGUGGAGGAGCUGGAGGACUUCAUCAACAACAUUAACAGCGUCUUGGAGUCGUUGUAUAUUGAGAUUAAGAAAGGGGCCACCGAAGACGACGGGAGACCCGUUUACGCGCUGGUGAAUCUUGCAACGACUCCGGUUUCCAAAAUGGCCUCGGAUUUUGCAGAGAACGAGCUGGAUCUGUUUAGAAAGGCUUUGGAACUGAUUAUUGAUUCGGAAACUGGCUUUGCGUCCUCCACAAAUAUUUUGAACCUGGUCGAUCAACUUAAAGGCAAGAAGAUGAGGAAGAAGGAAGCAGAGCAGGUGCUGCAGAAGUUCGUACAAAACAAAUGGCUGAUCGAGGUACGGUGUCCAGCGGCUUCCCCAGCCUGGCUCGCCGUUCAGACCGGAUAGCAAAUUCUCCCCCCGAACCGUAUGGUAUCCGGUGGUCCGCUGAGCCGGGCCCUCUCGGGCCCCUCG